UGGGCUACGGGUCGCGAUCGUGGGUAACUGAGAGCUCCGAGACGGAUGGUUGCUGCAACCCGGAUUGGCUUUAGAAGUAUCGUGGGACUCUCGGAAGGGGGGGUGGGAGACAACUUCGGAGUUUCCUCCCUUCGUAACCCCCGCCCCGACCCAAGGGGUGCGCGGUGCAGCUGUCAACAAGGACGCAGGUUCAAGGCUUGGACCGUCCUCUCCGGCCACCAAGACACCUCACAUGGGAAGCACGGCCCUGGACACCAGCAAAAAGAAAGGGGGGAUGAAGAGAAACAAACGGCGCAUGUUGCGCCUGAAUAUCCCGGAUCUCAGUUCAUUUGCUAUGCCUUUCCUGGACGGAGAUGUGGAAUCCUCUGACAAAGAUAUUUCUCAAAAGGGAGAAGACAGUUUCCACUCCUGCGGCAGCCCCUCCAAAGGAUUUUUUUCCCGGAAUUUUUACCAUCGGCCGUCCAGCCCUGUCUCUGCCCCAGUGAGAGUGAAGCAAAGCCCAGGUUCCCCCAAAACGGUCUUCCCUUUUCCCCAAGACUCUUCACCAAGGUCUCCCCGACGAAUGAGCUUCAGUGGCAUAUUUCGCUCGACAUCAAAGGAUUCCUCUGGCAGCUCAACCUCUACCUCACCCGUCUCAAUGAAGUUCUUCUCCAGGUCCAGGAAAGCCUCGGGACUCUCUACCCCCUCCACGCCGAUACAAUCAACCAAGCCUGCCUUUCCCCUGGAAUCAUAUAAACAGGAGCCCGAACGCUUGGAUGCCCGAGCUCGUUCCUACUCAUCUCCACCGGACUCAGGCCAGCGGUUUUCCGUCCCGCUCGCAGCCACGGCACCGCUCAAGCCUCUUGCUCCCAUUACCAGCUCCGGUGCUACCUCGAAAACCGUGCAAGGCUCGGUGGAAGGCAUGCUGGAGAAGCUGGAGCUGGAUGAUGAAGCUGAAGAGUCUGACAGUGAUAUUUAUAUGAGAUUUAUGAAAUCCCACAAGUGCUAUGACAUCGUUCCCACCAGUUCAAAGCUUGUUGUAUUUGAUACUUCAUUGCAAGUGAAGAAAGCCUUCUUUGCUUUGGUGGCAAAUGGUGUUCGAGCGGCACCACUUUGGGAAAGUAAAAAGCAAAGUUUUGUAGGAAUGUUAACCAUAACAGACUUCAUAAACAUACUGCAUAGAUACUACAAGUCACCUAUGGUACAAAUCUAUGAACUGGAGGAGCAUAAGAUUGAAUCGUGGCGAGAGCUUUAUUUACAAGAAACAUUUAAGCCUUUAGUGAACAUAACACCAGAUGCAAGCCUCUUCGACGCUGUGUAUUCGCUCAUUAAGAACAAAAUUCAUCGGUUGCCUGUCAUUGACCCUGUCAGUGGAAAUGCACUUUAUAUCCUCACUCAUAAAAGGAUUCUAAAGUUCUUGCAGCUGUUUAUCUCUGAGAUGCCAAAGCCUGCCUUUAUGAAGAAAACACUGGAGGAACUUGGAAUUGGAACGUACCUUAAUAUUGCCUUUAUACAUCCAAACACUCCUAUAUACAAGGCGCUGAGUAUAUUUGUUGACAGGAGGGUUUCAGCAUUGCCGGUUGUGGAUGAGUCAGGGAAAGUUGUAGAUAUUUAUUCCAAAUUUGAUGUUAUAAAUCUUGCUGCUGAAAAGACAUACAAUAAUCUGGACAUCACCGUGACACAGGCACUGCGGCACCGCUCACAAUAUUUUGAAGGGGUUGUGAAGUGUCACAGGCUGGAAGCACUGGAGACAACAGUGGACAGAAUAGUUAAAGCUGAGGUCCAUCGGCUUGUAGUGGUUGAUGAGAAAGACAGCAUAGUGGGAAUCGUCUCACUGUCUGACAUUCUGCAGGCUCUUGUUCUCACACCAGCAGGUUCUGUAAGAAAGGAAAGUAUUUCAGAAUGACAGAUGACAAUAGAACAUGGACGAUUGCUGACAAGAAUGCUUUGAAGCGUCUUAUUCUGUUCUGGGCCAGAUGAACACUGACUACAGCAGAGAGGAGAAGGCACGAGAUUAUGAAAUCACAGAAGUGACAUGGUUUAAUCAAACACUGUAGCUGGAUCUGAAAGGCAUUUGUGACAAUAUCUGAAACCAAACACGUGAUCUUGCUCACUGAAUAGCUAUACAGAUACAGCUGUAAUGUUGUAGCUAAAACUCUGAAAGAAUUUAUUUUGCAAAUAACUAUUAGCAACUAUACCUAAAGAUAUUUUUUAAUGUGUUGAAGCCAUGGCAAUUUAAAUGGCUAUUUAUUUCCACAGUUUGUCGAUCUGUUUUUCAUGACAGGGAGUGGAAGCCGAUGUUCUGCGUAGUGGGAAUUCUCAUGAAAAACUUCAAACUAAGUUUGGACCUGCCAUGGCACCACAAUCCUCCAUUAGGAGCAUGCAAUGAGAACUGUUAACUGUACUGUACUGUAAAUAGGAAGCUAUUGAGGGAAAAUGUGCCAGAGAAAGGUAUAUUUUUAGGUGUGUGAAAAUGUAAAAUUAUGUUUGUACAAUUGCACAUUAAAUUUUUUUGUAAAUUAUAUUGUUUUCAUAUGGCUGCAAAAAUGGGGGGUGCUUGGGCAGAGGUGGUAUUGUCUAUGUAAAUGCACAAAGGCAUGAAGAUGAUGCUAUAUAUAGGUUUUCCUGCUUGGAAGAGAAGGAAAAAGGGGAAAUUUUUGCCUCAGUAAACAUUUAUAGGGCGUGAGAAGAAACACUUAAGGCAAAACAUUGAUAAAGUAAUAUUGCACUUUAAAGCACGGCCAUUCAUUGUGUAGCAAAUUAACACAAGUAACAGAUAAGGAAGUUUAUAGCCCCCCCCCCCCCCACCUCUCUACCCAACUCACCAAUUCUGCUUGAAGAUUUGCAGUUACUUAUUGGUGGAUAACCAGAUCUUUGCACAGAUCAAAAUGCUAAUUUAAAAAAAAAUAACAGUUGGGAUAGAUGCCAUCUCCUGCAAACCUGAUACUGAUGCCAGGAGGCUACACUUCAAAUCUGUUGAGAUCUGAGACAACUGAAUUAAUUGUUUGGUUGAUUCUAGAGCCUUGCAUUCUCUUCCUUCCACCCUUCCGUCAGUGCCCCCUCCCCAAAAAAUUUUCAAAAAAGAAACAUUAAUCAUUGGUGGUGAUUGAGUAAUGUCAGUGAGUUCUAUACUUUGACAAUAAUAAGGAUUGUGUAAUAAGUAAAUGGAUGUGUAUGACAAGAAUGUGUAUGUAGUAUCUCGGAAUACCUUGCUGAGAACCUUGAAGCUAAAAAUGCAGUCCUCCUCUAUAACUGAUGUGAAUAGAGGACCUUUUUAAAAAAAAAUUUAGCUCAUUCCAGACCAAUAUUACAUUCUUGGCCUUUUGAUCUGGGUUGAUGAAGUUAACAUCACAUUGUUGCAAUUUUAAGUGCCAUUAAAUGAUUCAAUCUGAAAGUGAUGUGAACUGAUUCCAAACAUAGCUUAUUAAAACAUUUCUUGUAUUAUACUUUGAAUGCUGUCCUGCAUUACUUCAGUGCAUUAUCUUAUGUAUACAGUAUUGUACAUUGUUAAUGUUGAAUAAAGAAGGUUUCAUUGCCAGGUGCAA